GCGCCGGCCCACAGGGCGCACCAAUCAACGGCGGUGGGCGGUUCUUCCGGAGCUAGAAAAUUCUGCAGGAGCGGGGCAGAGGCUUUUUAUUUGAAUUCAACGAAAUCAAAAUGGAUUCUUGGUACUCCGGCUAUGGAACCGGUGAUUCUUGGAACACUGGAGCUACCAAUUCUCAAGAAUACGAUGGCUAUGAUUACAGUUACACCCAGGAUACUAUACCCAGUUCUGCAACAAAUUAUGGCUACAAUGCUGGCAAUAAAUCUUGGGAACUUCCCAAAAAUACAGCUACAGACACCAUCAUUGCUAAGAUCAACAAGCGCUUGGAUAUGCUUUCUCAACUAGAGACUGAAAACCAGGUGCAAGACUCUUACCAGGACAACAGGUUUACACCUUACGAGUCCUACGACUCCGGGUCUUCACUGAAUGACCGUGAUCUGUACAGAUCUGGCUACGGUUACAGUGAAUAUGGGCCUGAUUAUAACGAUUCCUAUGGAGGUCGCUAUGACCACUACGACAGCUCCUACGGGACCCGCAGAGAUCAGUUCCAGAACAGAGCACGUGACCCAUACGGCCCUGCUAACCAGUGGGGCCAGAACUGGUCUAGAGACCGGCCUCCAUAUAACAGACCCAAUCGGAACGACCCCUUCAUGUCACCUGCAAGUUCCGGGCGAAUGUCUGCACGCUGGAAUGAGCUGUCGAUGGGAGGCAGGGGCCCCAACGCCGCCACCGCCUCCUCCACCAGGAACCUCCCUUCGCUCUUCUCCCCAAACAUUAUCCCCAUGGACCUGUUCAGAGUUCAGGGAUCGGGAAGACCGUUAGGAGGUGCCAGACAGCGAAGGAGAGACAGGAAUCGAACCAGAGGCAUGAAGAAAGUGAAUGCAGGCUUUGGUAGGAAGAGGAAGCAGUCCACAGCUAGUACCGAUGAACCAGAGAACAAACAGGCAAAAACUGAAGAUCCUAAUGGAUCUGAUGCAGGCGAAGAUGAAGGUGGUGAAUCUGGAGAUGGUGGUGCUGGUGAGGGCAAAGAGGCUGGGGACAAGAAACCAAAGCGCUUUCCUACGAUGCAAGAAAAGAAGAAAGCGAACAAACCAAAGAAAAAUCGUGACCGUCUUGCAGAAAGGAUAAUGUAUGCCUGCUCAGUUUGUAAGUUCCGAACCUUUGAAGAUGAGGACAUUUCUUCCCAUGUGGAUAGUAAGUUCCACAAGGAAACUUUCAAGUUCAUUGCGACCAGACUUGACAAGCAGACUGCUGACUUUUUGCAUGAAUACAUCCUAAACAAGAUUCAGAAAACUCAGAAGCGUCGGGAGCAAAUUGGAGAUAAAACCAUCCUGAGAAAGCAGCUGAUGCAGCAGCAAGAUUUGCUGCAAGAUGUUGGUCUGGAACAUUUCAUGAAGAAAGUAGAGGCAGCACACUGUGUAGCCUGUGAUCUGUUUAUACCCAUUCAGAAUGCUGUCCUUAUGCGACAUCUGAAAUCACCUGAUCAUGGCUGGAAUCGCAGAGCAAUGUUGGAGAAAGCCAAGAAGGGCAGUCUUGUUGUGGCUAGGAGUGUCCUGAAUAACCGUAACAUCGCAGCAAUGUUGGAAAAGUACAAGAAGGGUGAGAACCCAUUCACUGAUGACCCAGACAAAGAUGAGGAGGAUGCUGCUGAUGAGACUGCAGAGGGUGAUGGUUUGAAGGACAGCUCCAUCAAUGCUGAGGACAAAGAAGGGGAGACUGAAGAUACAGGCGACAAUACCAACACUGAAAGAAUAAAGGAAGAAAUGGCAGAUCCCUCUGAAGAAAAUGCAGAGGAGGAAACUGGGGAGGCAGAGGAAGAGGGUGUGGGGGAGGAAGAGGCUGGAGGUGAGGCAGUGGAAGGAAGAGAAGAAGCUGAGGGAGAGGCAGAAGGAACAGCAGAGGAAGGGGCUGGGGAGACAGAUGCUGCAGCUGAAGACAGGGAUAUGGAAUUGACAGCUGAAGAGGAAGAUGAGAUGCUGAAGGGAGAUGAAGAACAGUUGGAGUAAAUUUUAGUACAACUUUCUGCAGACAUGCAGAUGUAUAAUUCUAUCCCAUACCAGCUAUUGAGGUUUAUACUAGUUUAAGAAUUUCAUUGUUUUUAACUUGCCAGUAGAUUUGUGUUCACUUGGUGUAUUGCAGUUUCAUCUGAUAUGGCUAAUACCAAGUCCAGUUUUCUCUUACAUCCUGAUGUGAAUUUUUUUUUAAAUAAACUUGGUUCCUGUAAUGUGAUUAAUGUGGUGUUCAAUUGAUCCUAUUAACUUUAAGGACUGGCAUGAAGUUUGUUUGCAGUAAUCGAAGUUUAAGUGACCUUUAAUUCCUAAGGUCUGGCUAUCUUGAUUCCAAGCUACACAACCCAGAUUUGUUCCAGUUGUAAAGCUAAACUACUGGUUUAAAAAAAAAUCUCAUUUGGUUUGUGUACAGAUGAGGUGUAAAUAUGCAGCAGGAUUUGGGUGACUGGAAUGUUUUGUUGUAUUAAUUAGCUCUUGCAUGAAGAUAGUGAAUGGUGCUUCUGAGCAUGUUGCUUUGUUUUUAAAAAUCUGAUUUUGUAACUGCAAAUACUAGACUAGUACUGUGUUAAAUUAGCUAUUGUGAAAAUCAUCUAGAAUGCUUUAGAGCACUUAUACUGCAUUCCUGCAGGGUGUAGACUGCCUCUUAAGGAUUCAAAUUCCUUUUUUUUCACACAUAGUUAAACUUCUUCACCAGUGAGUCUGAUCAGCUUGACUUAACUUUUUUUUUUGCAUUUGCACCUCCACUGUUUUCAAACCAAAUGCAGAUCAACUGGCAUGUGAUCAAGGGCUGGGUGAUUUCCAGUGCACUUCAGUAUUGAGUAACAUUGGAUUGAAAACAGGUAUGGCUUGGCUCAGUGGGAAUGCAGUGUGGUUUAGCAUUGUAUAAGCUGCAGGAAGUAGUUGCAUUUUUCACCAGCUUUCCCCCCACACCCCCGCUUCCCAGGUUUAUUCCACUGCUUUUCUAUACAGCAGCAACCUUAUAUAGGCUAUUUAAAUGCAAUGUACUUGGACUUGACCUCAUUGUUUUCAAUUUUAUACAAAACUGUAAAUCAGUUUGUAGCGGUGUUAAUUAAAACUUAAAAAUGCAA